AGAAUAUAACGGCUUGCAAGAAAGUGUUAACAUUCCAACAUAGCUAUAGAAAUGUAAGGUCUACUGUAUCCUGAUUUCAAUAAUGUUGUGUACAUUGAUAGGAAUGUUAUGUAUUUCAGAGAUACGUUUGAAAUUAUUCUGCCCUUUGCUCACUACAUAUGCUAUAAGUGGCGUGGUAGGCCUCUAGUAGAUGGAGGAAAGGGAGUGGUAUCGCCUGGGGUGCGUUCAGUUCGAUUAAACGUAUGCUACGUUUCGUAACUGCUUGUACUGAACGACACGGUCCCACGUUCUUGAACCUGUUAUUUUUAUACCUGCUCAUGUCGUGAACAGACUGAUAAGUGUCAAACUCAUUCCACAGAGGGCUGACUGUCUGCAGGUUUUCGCGACACCUUUGUACUUGAUUGAAUUAAGGUCACUAAUUAGUAAGGAAAUCCCCUCACCUGGUAGUCUAGGUCUUGAUUGAAAUGAAAACCGCUUCGGCUCGCCGUGGUGAGUUUGACACUCCGGGACUAUGAGGUGCGUUUGCGCUAUUUGGAUGGUGUGUCUGGAAGCAAUGAGUGAUUUAUUUAACGGGCAGCGGUGCAUUUUGAAUCCACAACCCAUCCCCUCUAUUUUUUAACUGGUCGUUCAGAACAGCACCGUUUACGUUCCACUACGUUUUUUUCGUACUGAACGCAGCCCAGUGCAUGGCGUGGAGCCUACUGGAGAGGAAAAGCUUCCUGUCAACAGCCUCACCCAGUCAUACCAGAGGGCGUAGAAGAGGGGAUGGCAGAAAACAGCUCCGAUACUUGUGGUUCCGUUUAUCGGAGGUGUUUGACUCAUUCUACCGGGGGAAAAACCCAGUCAACCAGUAACGGGGUAUCCAAAUGGGUUCGCUUGAAUGUGGGGGGAACGUAUUUCUUAACAACACGACAGACGCUGUGCCGAGAUCCGAAAUCAUUUCUGUACCGACUGAGCCAGGCUGACCCCGACCUCGACUCUGAUAAGGAUGACACUGGUGCCUAUCUCAUAGACAGAGACCCCACAUACUUUGGGCCGGUACUGAACUACUUGAGGCAUGGCAAGCUGGUGCUCAACAGGGAGCUGGCAGAGGAAGGUGUCCUGGAGGAAGCCGAAUUCUACAAUAUCACAUCAUUAAUCAAGCUCCUCAAGGACAAGAUCAGGGAACGAGACUGCAAAACAUCACAGGCUCCAGUGAAACAUGUGUACCGGGUGCUGCAGUGCCAGGAGGAGGAGCUCACCCAGAUGGUGUCCACCAUGUCAGACGGCUGGAAGUUUGAGCAGCUUGUCAGUAUAGGUUACGGGCGGGCCCAGCAGUCAGAGUUUCUGCUGAUUGUGUCAAGGGAGGUGAAGGGGGAGGAGUCUACUUUCCCAAGCCACAGCGGAGAGCUGGUCAGCAUUGGAUCCUCUUAUAACUAUGGAAACGAGGACCAAUCUGAGUUCCUGUGUGUAGUCUCCAAGGAGCUGCACAACCAAUCAUAUGGCCCAAACAGUGAGCCCAGUGAGAAAGCCAAGAUUCUUCAGGAGAGGGGAUCCAGGAUGUGAAAGAUCAGUAUUACAAGCACCAGGUAUAUAGUACAAUCGUAUGAGUCAUAAUACCCAUAAAACCUAGCAAUCAAACAAGGAAAUGGUUACAAUUGUUUUUCCACCAUUCAUUUUUCCCAUAGGGGAUUUUUAGAAACACUUAAAAUAAGGGCUGUGUUUUGUGUAGGCUUACCCUGGGGUGGUGUUUUGAUAACUGUGUAAGUCUCUCUAGGACAAUAUGACUUUUAUCAAUAUAUUUACCCACAUUUAAAAAAUAUUUAAAAAAUAUUUUAAAAAUCUAAUUAACUACUAAUGUCGCUAUCAUAAAGAACAACAAAUACGAUGGUGAUCUGGAUGAGACUGCUGAAUCGAGGCAAAGGUAAGAGUCUCUGGAUUAACUAUCUAAUGAUAGCUAAAUGUAGUAAUAAAUUGGCAAAAUGGCUUAAACUUGACUAUUCUGUGAACUGUCAUGUGCAAGUUUUACAUUGACACAAUACCUGUUUAGCAAAGGUUUUCAGCUAGAGAUGCCGUGCAGGAGCUUGUAGGGAUUUGUAGUCUUGCAUGAUGUCUACUCUGAUGCUAAUGAGCAUUUUUGAAUAUGAGAGGAAAUAGAAUUGACUAUAUUGAUAAGUCACCUUGUACGAGAGGGAUUUACAUGGUUAUCCAAACAUCACAUCAAGCCUAAACAAAACACGGCCCUUUAUUUUAAGUGUUUCUAAAAUCACCUAUGGGUGAAAAUGAUUAGUGUGAAAACCAUUUCCCUGUUUAACGGCCAGGUUUUCUAGGUAUUACAACACCUCCACUGUGGGGCUCUAUAACGAUGCAAACAUAUCCUUGACAAGAAUCUGUUACACAACGGAGAAGACGGUUAAGAGGGACGUACAUUUGUUUGUUUUUCCUCCAUUUUAUUUUAUAAUGUAAAUAAGUCUAGAGUCUUUGUGCCUGUACAGUUAAACUGGACCAUUUUUGAAUUAGUGGUGAAUUUCUUCUAACUAAAAGUGAUGAAUUAUAAUAAUGUUUUAUGCUAUAAAACAUGGCCAUGGUCAUACACGGCCAAUGAUUCACUCAGGGGCUACUUUUGAGUUUCUGUUACCUUCUCACUCCAGGAUCUUGUAAGGAUUUAUGAUGAGCAAUCUCUUAUCAAGCAUAAACUGCUAAAACCUGUACUGUCAGUAGUAGUAGAAGGUAAUUAAGCAUACUUAUUGAGAAAUUAGUCGCAAAAGAGACAGGGAUUCUUAAUUUUGUUUUCAAAUGAGUUUAAUGCUUCCUUUUCUGGUGUGUUCUGUAUUUUAGAUGGGACUUUCUGUUUUAAAGCAUUUAUUUGGGGGUUUAAGAUAUUUUGAGAAGGUUGGGGUUUGCUAAUGUUUUGACGGUAACGGUGAAGGAAUAUAUGUUAAUAUCCUUAGGUUUGUUGAUGUGCAUAAUCUAAAAAGUCCAUUUAAUAUUUAACUGUUAAACUGCACGUUUUGUACACUGUAUAGUUAAACACAACUUCAAAUGUAAGUUGUUGUACUGGAUCAUAGCUAGAAAGUCUUGACAAUUUAAAUUGAUAACUUGAGUUUUGCAGUGUUUGUACAUAGGUCUCUGCAUAUUAAGACUUGUAAAUCAAGGUUCAAAUGGUUGAAGCGCUGUUUUACUUAGAAAACACCUGAAAUCUUUUGAUAUCCAAUAAUACGGGCAAUAUACCUGGGCUCAGACAUUGACUGUUACGUUGUAAAAAGAUGUAUUGGUCUUGAAAGGCUACACAUUCUUUCAGACAUUUUGUAUUGUGUAGACUACAGCAUUCCAAGCUCUAGUUGGAGGAUGUGUACAUUGCUUUCCUUACACCGCAACACCGUUUUAAGGGUAAAUGCUGCAUUUCAGGAGACUUUUUAUACAGAGAAUUGUUUCUGACCGGAGAUGCGGUACUGCUCAAAUUUUUAUAGUGUUUCCUUUUCCCAGUGAGGACCAAAUCCAAUGUCUUAUGUGCCGCUUAUACAUGAACUUUUAUUGUCCGGGAUAAGGAAACAUUUCUGGUUGCGGGCACACGCACUCUGUAUGUGCAGCAGGAAACAUAUUGACCCACAACUAAUUUUACACACACUCUUUCCAUGUAACAAACAGUUUUAUAUCAUUAAAGGUGAUUGGAUGGAUGCAUGUUUUUGAUAUACAUACAUACACACAAGGGCUUUUAAAGUGGAAACAAUGAAAUCUGCAAAGAGAUUCAAUUUAAAUAAGUGUGUUUUGACAAAGCUAGGCUAUGUUUACAUUUGCUAUAGUAUUCUGAAGCCUUCCAGCGUUCUUGCACUCCCCACUUACCUAAACAUUGACUUGUUUGACUGGAGAAAAGGGAACAAGCACGCCCCACUCUAGAUGGACUUUAAAUGCAUGUAAAUAGUUAACUUAAUUUAUGUUAACAUAUACAUUUCCAAGUGGUGUGCUACCACUUCAAUGUUAGAGCUGGUAAUCUCUCGUGGACAGACUACGUAAACAUACAGUUGAAGUCGGAAUAUUACAUACACCUUAGCCAAAUACAUUUAAACUCAAUUUUUCGCAAUUCCUGACAUUUAAUCCUAGUAAGAAUUCCCAGUCUUAGGUCAGUUAGGAUCACCACUUUUUAUUUUAAGAAUGUGAAAUGUCAAUAAUAGUAGAGUAAUUUAUUUCUGCUUUUAUUUAUUUCAUUACAUUCCCAGUGGGUCAGAGGUUUACAUACACUCAAUUAGUAUUUGGUAGCAUUGCCUUUUUAAAUUGCAUAACUUGGGUCAAACGUUUUGGGUAGCCUUCCACAAGCUUCCCUUAAUAAGCUGGGUGAAUUUUGGCCCAUUCCUCCUGACAGAGCUAGUGUAACUGAGUCAGGUUUGUAGGCUUCCUUGCUCGCACACGCUUUGUCAGUUCUGCCCACAAAUUUUCGAUAGGAUUGAGGUCAGGGCUUUGUGAUGGCCACUUCAAUACCUUGACUUUGUUGUCCUUAGGCCGUUUGGGGUCAUUGUCCAUUUGGAAGACCCAUUUGCGACCAAGCUUUAACUUCCUGACUAAUGUCUUGAUGUUGCUUUAAUAUAUCCACAUCAUUUUCCUUUCUCAUGGUGAUCUAUUUUGUGAAGUGCACCAGACCCUCCUGCAGCAAAGCACCCCCACAACAUGAUGCUGCCACCCAUGUGCUUCACGGUUGGGAUGUGCUCUUCGGCUUGCAAGCCUCCCCCUUUUUCCUCCAAACAUAACGAUGGCCAAACAGUUCUAUUUUUGUUUCAUCAGAGCAGAGGGCAUUUCUCCAAAAAAGUACGAUCUUUGUCCCCAUAUGCAGUUGCAAACCGUAGUCUGGCUUUUUUAUGGCGGUUUUGGAGCAGUGGCUACUUCCCUGAUGAGCGGCCUUUCAGGUUAUGUCGAUAUAGAACUUGUUUUACUGUGGAUAUAGAUACUUUGGUACCUGUUUCCUCCAGCAUCUUCACAAUGUCCUUUGCUGUUGUUCUGGGAUUGAUUUGCACUUUUCGCACCAAUGUACGUUCAUCUCUAGGAGACAGAACGAGUCUCCUUCCUGAGCGGUAUGACGGCUGCGUGGUCCCAUGGUGUUUAUACUUGCGUACUAUUGUUUGUACAGAUGAACGUGGUACCUUCAGGUGCUUGGAAAUUGCUCCCAAGGAUGAACCAGACUUGUGGAGGUCUACAAUUUGUUUUUCCCAUGUCAAGCAAAGAGGCAAAGAGUUUGAAGGUAGGCCUUGAAAUACAUCCAGGUACACCUCCAGUUGACUCAAAUGAUGUCAAUUAGCCUAUCAGAAUCUUCUAAAGCCAUGACAACAUUUUCUGGAAUUUCCCAAGCUGUUUAAAGGCACAGUCAACUUAGUGUAUGUACACUUCUGACCCACUGGAAUUGUGAUGCAGUGAAAUAAUCUCUCUGUAAACAAUUGUUUGAAAAAUUACUUGUCAUGCGCAAAGUAGAUGCUCUAACCGACUUGCCAAAACUAUAGUUUGUUAACAAGAAAUUUGGAGUGGUUGAAAAACGAGUUUUAAUGACUCCAACCUAAGUGUAUGUAAACUUCCGACUUCAACUGUAAAUGGUACUGACCAAUUUACGUAAGAAUUUCGUUCUGGGUUAACUGAGAAAGUGCUGGAGACAAUCUUAUUUUUUUCCCCCUGUGAAAUUGAUUCUGUGAAAAUGGUGACUAUCUCAGUCAGCUUGAGGAGACUAGUGUUGGUCUUAUGAGUAUUGUUGCUGUGAGAUUUGUACUUUUUUGUUUUGUUUAGUUAGCUUGGUUCCAUCUUAAUCUUAGCAGUCUGUGUACUUUGGUCUUGACCUGUAUAACAGCAUCAGUGGCUGGCUGCACUACCUCCUCAGCAGCACCAUUUUACACCAUUUUACACACUGCUAGACUACAUGCCAUGGUCAUUUAACUUUAACGGAAAAACGUAUUUUGUGCACAAGUCUCCAGUCUGUACUGUAAGAUGAGCAAGUUCCCAGUAUAUUGGGAAGAGUCAGCUGGUUACUUCAUCACAGUCCACUGUAACGCAUGAUUGAAGACAGUCACACACAGGCCUAUUAUUCCAGAGUAAGUGGAAUGCACUUGUUCCACAAUCAGAAUUAUAAUGCUCUUGAUAUUGAAGAUAAUUAUCAGAAUGAUGUCAUAUCACUACACCUGUCACUUCUGACUAUUACCAUGAUUUUAUGCAAUGUAAAAAUGUUACUGGGAUAGAUGUAUGGUCUUGCAUAGGUUAACUUCAAUAAAAUGGUUUGCAUUUCA